AUGUUGAUAAAUAUAAAGAGCAUCUUGUGGAUGUGUUCUACCUUAAUAGCAACCCAUGCGCAGCAAAACGUCAAAGCGGAAAACAGUCCACCUGUUAAAGGUUUCCUUGCUGGAAAAGUGAACCUACCUUGUCAUUUUUCAACCUUGCCUACUUUACCACCCAGUUCUAACACCACCAGUGAAUCUCUCCGAAUCAAGUGGUCUAAGAUGGAAGUGGACAAAAAUGGAAAAGAUUUAAAGGAGACUACUGUUCUUGUGGCCCAAGAUGGGAAUAUCAAGAUUGGGCAGGGUUUCCAAGGGAGAGUGUCGGUGCCCACACACCCUGAGAAUGUGGGGGACGCCUCGCUCACUAUAGUGAAAGUACGUGGGAGUGACGCAGGCCUCUACCGCUGUGACGUCAUGUAUGGGAUUGAAGACACCCAGGACACGGUGUCACUGGCCGUGGAUGGGGUUGUGUUUCACUACCGGGCAUCCACCAGCAGGUACACGCUGACCUUUGAGACGGCACAGAAGGCUUGUAAAGAUGUUGGGGCUGUCAUAGCAACCCCAGAACAGCUCUUUGCUGCCUAUGAAGAUGGAUUUGAACAGUGUGAUGCAGGCUGGCUGUCGGAUCGGAGCGUGAGAUAUCCCAUUCGGAACCCUCGAGUAGGCUGUUAUGGAGAUAUGAUGGGAAAGCAAGGAGUCAGGACCUAUGGUUACCGGUCUCCUCACGAAACUUAUGACGUGUAUUGCUACGUGGACCAGGAGCUGGAUGGUGAUGUAGUCCACAUCACUGCUCCCAACAAAUUCACCUUUGAGGAGGCUGAAGAGGCGUGUGCAAACCAGAACGGCCGGCUGGCGACGGUGGGCGAGCUGCAUGUGGCCUGGAGGAACGGCUACGACCAGUGUGACUACGGGUGGCUGUCAGACGCCAGCGUUCGCCACCCUGUGACUGUGGCCAGGGCCCAGUGUGGAGGUGGUUUACUUGGGGUGAGAACCCUGUAUCGUUUUGAGAACCAGACAGGCUUCCCUCCCCCUGAUAGCAGAUUUGAUGCCUACUGCUUGAAACCUAAAGAGAAUAUAUCAGAGGCUACAACCAUCGAACUGAAUAUCCUCGCAGAAACUGCAUCACCCAGUUUAUCCAAAGAACUGGUACCCGACAGAACUACACCCAUCAUCCCUUUAGCCACUGAGUUACCUCUCAUUACAACAGAGUUCCCUCCUGUGGGAAAUAUAGUCAAUGUUGAACAGACAGCCACAGUUCAAACUCAAUCUCUCACACAUACAUUAGCCACUGAAUCCCCCACACCUGCUGGGAGCACCAAGGAGCCUUUAGAUAUGAGCUACUACACACCUUUUACAUCAGGACCACUUGAAAAGCCAGACAUAUCUAAAAUUGAGGAAGAAGUGUCCCAAGUCAUCAUAGAAGAUGUACAAACACAAGAAUCAGUUACACAAGUUGAACAGAUAGAAGUGGGUCCCUUGGUAACAACAUCUAUGGAAAUCUCCAAGCACACUCCUUCUAGGGAAUUCUCUCCCACUGAAACAUCAUUUGUUUCUGCAACCAUGGCCCUGGAAUCCAAAACUGAAAAGAAAACAGUAAGCAGUAUUCCCGAAUCAGUGACCACAAGUCAUGAUAGUUUCACCCUGGGAGAAGAGGAGAGUGAUAGAACAUUUACAGCUAGCUCUAGUCAAAGCACCCCAACAUUUAGCCAAAUUCCUGAAGUCGUAACAGUGUCAAAGACUUCAGAGGACAUCGUCUCCACUCUGCUAGAACUUGCAGAGUCAGUCUCGGCAUCCACGACUGUUCCUGUGACACUACCUGACAGUGAAGCAUCAUCCAUGGACAGCUGGGAAGAGAAACAAACUAAUGGUAGGAUAACUGAAAAUAUCUCUGACCAGUAUGUGUCCAUCACACCUUUCCCAUCACAGCUACAUACAGAAGUAGAAUUGUUUCCUUAUUCCAGUGAUAAAAAAUUAGUUGAGGGGUUAUCCACAAUUAUGUAUCCCUCUCUAGAAACAGGAAUGACAGAAGGAAAAGAAAGAACAGAAGUAGAAACAAGGGUGGUAGUAGAAGAAUUUACCACCCCGGCUGGAUUAGAGCCAGAAGGCUAUGAAGAUACUACAAAGUCUGUUGGGAGUGUGACAACAGUGCACCUGACCCACAGUACUUUAGAUGCGGAGGUGAUCACUGUAUCCAAGUGGUCAUGGGAUGAAGACAAUACGACCUCAAAGCCUGUAGGACCCACAGAACAUACAGGUUCUCCACAACUAUCCUCUGCCUUCCAUACACCUAUGGGAGUUAGUGAAAAAGAUGAAGGAAUGCCAAGCUUUACUGAAGAUGGAGGGGUUGAAUUUACUCUUAUCCCAGAGAGUACACAAAAGCCCCUGGAGGAAUUUACUGAGGAAGAAACAGCAGUCAAAUUUCAGCCAACUACAUCAGCUGGUGUUGCAGAAACUUCAGCUGUGAGAGAAACUACAACUGAAGAAAGAGUUUCACCUGUUACAAGCACAGAGGGCAUAGUUGUUUCUACAAGUACAGAAGGAAGAGCUUGGGAUGAAGAAGGUGUGGAUGUCUCUAAGCCCUUACCGACUGUCCCUCAGUUUGCACACACUACAGAUGUGGAAGGAUUGGCAUUUGUUAAUUACAGUAGCACCCAGGAGCCUGCUACUUAUGUAGACACCUCCCGUACCAUGUCUCCCACUGUCGUUCCCAAGACAGAAUGGGGAGUGUUGGUACCUUCUGUUCCAUCGGAAGAUGAAGUUCUAGGUGAGCCCUCUCAAGACAUACGUGUCGUUGACCAGACUCAGCUAGAAGCAACUAUUACUCCUGAAACUAUCAGAACAACUACAAAGAUUAAACAAGAAACCACUCAGGAAAAAUUUCUUUGGAAAGAACAGACUUCGGAGAAACCAGUUCCUGCUUUUAGUUCUACAGUUAGCACAGUUGAAGACUCCAGGACACCUCUGAGUGAACAAGAGAGUGAUGGGUCAGCAUAUACAGUCUCUGAAAACAUAUUGGUAAUAAGUUCUGAGAGAAUCCCACGUUUGGAAACAACUCCAGUUGGAAAAAUUGAGCCCAGUGUGUCUUAUCCAUCGGGUGCUGCUACUGAGCACAAAGAGGAAGUAGAUGAAGGGGUGACACUAACAUCAGGUAUGGGGCCAGUGGCGUCUUUAAGUCCAGGGCCUGAACAAGAACAUGAAACAGAAGGUACUAUUCCGUCACCUGUUAGCACCAGUGUUACCCAGCUUAUCGAGGAAACUACCCCUGACAAAAGAGAGAAAACAUCCCUAGAUUAUAUUGAUUUAGGCUCAGGAUUAUUCGAAGAGCCCCAAACCACAGAAUUUUCAACAGUUAAAGCCACCAUUCCAAGUGAUAUCACUGCUGCCUUCAGUUCUGUAGACAGACUUCACACAACUUCAGUUCUCAAGCCAUCUUCAGCACCCACUGAAAAACCACCUCUUAUUGACAGGGAACCAGGAGAAGAAGCAACCAGUGACAUGGUAAUCAUUGGUGAAUCAACAUCUCAUGUUCCUCCCACUACCCUUGAGGAUAUUGUAGCCAAGGAAACAGAAACUGACAUUGAUAGAGAAUAUUUCACAACAUCAAGUACUCCUGCUACACAGUCAACAAGACCACCCACUAGAGAAGACAAAGAAGCCGUCAGUUCUCAGACACUUUCCACUACAGAACCCCCGACGGGGACAAAAUUCCGUCCUGAUAUAAAUGUAUAUAUUAUUGAGGUCAGAGAAAAUAAGACAGGUCGAAUGAGUGAUUUGAGUAUGAUUGGUCAUCCAAUAGAUUCAGAAUCUAAAGAAGAUGAACCUUGUAGUGAAGAAACUGAUGCAGAGCACGAUCUAAUUUUGCCUCAGUACAUUGAAAUAGAUAUAUAUCACAGUGAAGAUGACGAAGAUGAAGAUGAAGACUGUGAAAAUGCUACUGAUGUAACAACCACCCCUUCGGUACAGUAUAUAAAUGGGAAGCAUCUCGUCACUGCUCUGCCCAAGGACCCAGAAAUGGCAGAAGCUAGGCGUGGCCAGUUUGAAAGUGUUGCACGUUCUCAAAACUUUUCAGAUAGCAGUGAAAGUGAGACUUCUCAGUUUGUAAUAACUGAAACUGGAUUGUCUACUGACUCACAGCCUAGUGACUCUAAAGAAACAACUGAAUCACUUGAAAUCACAUGGAUGCCUGAGAUUCACCCUGAAAUUCCAGAACAUUUUUCAAGUGGUGAACCUGACAUUUUCCCCACAGUUCCAUUCCAUGAAGGAGAAACCUCAGAAAGACCAGAAUCAGUCACAGAGGGAGGUCUUGAACUUGAUAAUCAGAUGCCUGAACAUACCAAUUCUGCACCUCUCUUUCCUGAAGAGUAUUCAGGAGAUGCUUCCAUUAACCAAGAAUCUCAGAGAUCGUUCUUUUCAAGGGCUACAGAAGUAACAUUUGGUAAAAAGGCAGAAAAAAGCAUUUCUGUCACAUUUACUCCAACUUUAGUCUCAAGUUCUGUGUCGGCAAAUGUUUCAGAGGAUGUCUCAGUUAUCUUAACCAGGAAUCCACAUUCGGGUGAUUCACAGUCCACCAUAGAAAGCUGGGUGGAAGUAACACCUAGACAAACUGUAGAGGUUUCAGGAAGUCCUUCAAUUUCAAUUCCAGAAGGUUCAGGGGACUCAGAAGAUGAUAAAGCUAAAAUGUCCACCAUGGUAAUCAAUUUGUCACAGAGAAAUACUACAGAUACACUCAUUACUUUAGGUACUGGCAAUAUAAUGAUCACAGAAAACCUUCUUGAUGUUCCUGCAACUACUAUUUAUUCAGCUUCUGAACAACCUCCUACAGUAGUGCCUACCAAAUUUGAAAGGGGAACAGACACUUCUGAGCGGGUUUUCAGUCCAUCGCUUGAGGGAAAGAUAAAGAAAGUUGAAGAGGAGGGACCCACAGCCAUGGCUUUGACAGUUGAGGUGCUUUCAUCCACACAGCAAUCGGAUCAAUUAAUGCUACCUUCUGAAUUAGAAAGCAUAAAUGAAGCUACACCUAGUGACUUAGCAUCAAUUACCAGGAAAAAUUUUAUGUCCUUGGCAACACCCACACUGAUUGAAAAGGAAAUGACAAACUCUACUCCUGUCUUGACAGAACCAAAUAUUUUAGAUAAGCUGGAGACACAGAGCACUGCACCGAGCUCUAGUGUUCAAACUGGGGUUCCACAAGAGCUGGCCACUGUCCCAGGUGGUUCCCUUUUGGAGCAGGGCUCUGGAGAAGUAGCUGCUGACCCUGAAAUCACCACUGUUUCUUCAUUUUCAUUAACAUUAGAGCCCAAAAUUCAAACCAGAAAGGAAGCAGCUGCUACUUUAUCUCCUCAGAUGGAAACUUUAUCCCCCUUUGAGUCAACAGGACUACAUUUGAGCACUGUCAUGGAUGGAGAAGUUGCUGAAAUUAUAAGCCAAACAUCCAAGGACAACUUGACCUCAGAAGUUUCAGGAGAGCCUACUCAUGGGGCAGAAAUAAAAGAUUUCUCUACCAGUUUUCCUUUGGAGGAAGAUUUCAGUGGGGACUUAGGAGAAUAUUCAACAAUCUCUCAUCCCAUAAGAAAAGGAGAAAUAGCAAUGCCAGGGGGCUCUGGGGAUGCAGCAUUUAAGGAUACCCAGACUCAACCAUCUGCAAUACCUGUUUCAGAUACCAUCAGUCACAUAAUUGACUCAGAAAAACCUGGAAAUCCCUUGGUCAUUGCAUCUGCAUCCACCUGGGAAGAGUUCACAGCCUCAGCUGAGGGUUCGGGUGAGCAGUUGGGUAGCUCUGUUGACCAAGUGUUUCCCAGUGCUGUGGGAAAUAUAUCUGAUAUACAAUCUCCAUUUGCUGGCCAACGAUGGGAACAAGUAGAUACAAUCAGUGAAGCUGAUAAAAGAUCAACGAUUUUACCAACAGUGGAAGCUGAAGUUACUGAAGCUGCAGCAGAUAAGGAGGAAGUGAAGGCCUUUAGCACAGUUUCAGUGGGCUUUCCCCAAACUAUGGAACAAGCAAAUUUUGAUUCACAAACAUUUACUGACACUGGACUUAGAACCACAGAUUAUUCUACACUAACAAUGAACACAACUGGCAUUAACAUUGAGGAAGUGGAGGCGAGAGGCUCUUCUUUAGCUGACAUUUCUACUCCAGAUCCAUAUGCAAAGGGUUUGGAACCAUACACUACUCUCCCUGAAGUUACCGCAGAAUUUGAUGUUUUCUUAGCUGCUACCUCAGUGACUAAAUCUAUACCAGCUGAAAUUAUAAUUACAGAUCUACCAGUAAAAGAGGAAGGAAGUGUAAAAUCUUCCAAAGUUACAAAACCAAUAAUGAAAGAGUCAGAUACUGAUCUUUUAUUCUCUGGACUGGGAUCAGGGGAAAUUUUGCCUACUGCUGAAUCAGAAAGCAUCACUGAAAUGGAAAAAAUCAUUCACACGAUAGAUACCCAAACUUCUCAACUGGGAAGCGUAGAAACAAGCAUUUUCAGUGAUGUAACUGAAGACUAUGAGGGAAUGAAAAAUGUGCAAAAUGAAGUCAGCUCCCUUAUUUCCAAGACAGACAGCAUCUCCAAAAACAGCAAGACAGUGGCCAGCACAACUUUACUUGAGAUUUUAAGUGACAUCAGAACAGAAGGACACACAACGGCACCUUUCACUUUUUCCACAGACCCUGAGCAGCCUCAAAGUCAGACUCACAGUUGGGCUGGGGAAAUUAAAACUGGUAGUCUACAACCUAUGACCGAACAUGUCUCCAUUGAGAAUUCUUCAACAGCAGAAGCUAAAGAAACAACAACCUUUUCCACCGAUUUUCUGGAUAGAACAUACGGUCUGGAAAUGGCCAAAGGAUCUGUUACAUCAGCACCAAAAUCAUCUCACUUAUUUUAUGAACAUUCUGGUGAAGGAUCUGGGGAAUUGGAUACGGUUGAUUUAGUCCACACUAUUGGAACAACUCAGGCAACCAGGCAAAGAAGCACCACAUUUGUUUCUGAUAGAUCCUUGGAAAAACUUCCUGAGCUUCCAAGAGCCAAAGCUGUUACUGUUGAUGCAUUCCCGACAGUGUCAAUGCUGCCUCUUUAUUCAGAACAGAAUGAAAGCUCUUCAGAUCCAAAUGGAACAAUGUCAAGUACAAUGUCUUAUGAGAAGUCCACAGAAGACACGGCAGGUGGUUUCCAAAACUAUCUCGUGGGAUUCGAGGAGUCCACUUUAAAUCCUGACAGGAGAAAAGCCACUGAAAAUAUUAUUAUAGAUCUGGACAAAGAGGACAAAGAUUUAAUAUUGACAAUCACAGAGAGUACAAUUCUUGAAAUUCUCCCUGAGCUGACAUCAGAUAAAAACACUAUCAUUGAUAUUGAUCACACUAAGCCUGUGUAUGAGGACAUACUUGGAAUGCAGACGGACAUAGAAUCAGAACUGCCAUCAGGGCCGCAUGACAGUAAUGAAGAAAACCCUCAAGUUCAGGAGAAAUAUGAGACAGUUGUUAAUCUUUCUUCAACUGAGGAAAACUUUGAAGGCUCUGGUGAUAUUCUGGCUAGCUAUACUCAGGCAACACAUCAUGAGUUGCUGACUUCUGAAGAUAGAAACCAGUUAGAUUAUGUGGGCUCUGUCUUCACAACUGGGGUCCCUACCCUUAGCACAGAAAAUGAGUUAGAUAUGUCUCUUCCUACAGUAACAUCCUUGCCUGUUCCUACUAAUUCUGCCACAGUUAAUCCCAAGAUUGAGGAACCAAAAGUUGAAGAAAGUGCCGUGGAAGACGUCUUUGAAUCAAGCACUUUGUCUGAUGGGCAAGCAAUUGCAGACCAGAGUGAAAUUAUAGCAACAUUGAGUCAUUUGGAAAAGACACAAGGUGAAUAUGCAGAAAAGAAAUUUGUAGGUCCUUCCUUUCAGCCAGAAUUCUCUUCAGGAGCUGAGGAGGCACUGAUAGAUCCCACACCUCCUGUAAGUAUUAGUCCUCCCCACCUUAUGGCUCAGAGUUUAACAGAGGCACCUACUGUACUGGAAGGAUUCAAUCCCCCAGAUUACACUGAUGCAACAUCAGCAGUUUCAGGUUUCGCAAAGUUGUCUUCCCAGACACCAUCUUCUCCGUUCACUGUCCCCUCAGGCAGCAGAGCCUCUGAACACACGGAAGGUCUGCAGCCUAGGGCUCUGCCAGUCUCAGAUGCCAGCACUUCUCAAAUGUUCCCAGGAAAACCUGCAAAUGUUGAAGCAACUUUCAAACCUUUAAAUAAAAAGUACUUUUAUGUAACUGAACCUCCGUCCUCAUCUCCUGUCACAGAAUUAGCAUCUUCAGAAGAUCACAGCAAACCUCAGUUAUUAGAACAAAUGGAAAUUUCUCCCACAGAACUAAUCGCUGAAGAAGGAACUGAGAUCACCCCAGAUCUCCAAAACAAAAACAAUAUUGAACUUUCUGGAGACACAAUCAAGGUGUUUCCCAGUAGCAGAAUACCCAAGGCUGGAGAUGUUGUCACAGCUACAAGCAAAGUUAAGUCAGAAGGUGCUACACUGUGGCCACCUUCUAUUUCUGCCUCUGCAGUUUACCAGGUUGAGGCCAGUGUGGUGCCUCAGCCCAGGCCACAGACUUCUGAGAAAGCCACCAUUCUUUCUCCUUUAGAAAGAAACCCUGAAACCCAAGUUUUGGGUAGAGAGAAGGAUUCCACUGUAGCAACAUCAGAACAGCAAGUAUCAGUGAGAAUUGUUGAUUCCAAUAACCAGGCAAGAGUAAAUACUGUGGAGUUAAAUACUGAGCUUACACCAUCAUUUUCUUUUCUGGAAACUUCUAAUGAUACCGGUUUCCUGGUUGGCAUUAAUGAAGAGUCAGUGGAAGGCACAGCAGUUUAUUUACCAGGACCUGAUCGUUGCAAAACGAAUCCAUGCCUUAAUGGAGGCACCUGUUAUCCUACUGAGACUUCCUAUGUGUGUACCUGUGUGCCAGGAUACAGUGGCGAUCAGUGUGAACUCGAUUUUGAUGAAUGUCACUCUAACCCCUGUCGAAAUGGUGCCACCUGUGUUGAUGGUUUUAAUACCUUCAGAUGUCUCUGUCUCCCAAGCUAUGUUGGUGCACUUUGUGAGCAAGACACGGAGACUUGUGACUACGGCUGGCACAAAUUUCAAGGGCAGUGCUACAAAUACUUUGCCCAUCGCCGCACGUGGGACGCUGCGGAACGCGAAUGCCGUCUGCAGGGUGCCCAUCUCGCCAGCAUUCUCUCUCAUGAAGAACAAAUGUUUGUGAACCGUCUGGGCCAUGAUUACCAGUGGAUAGGCCUCAACGACAAGAUGUUUGAACAUGACUUCCGUUGGACCGAUGGCAGCACCCUGCAAUAUGAGAACUGGAGACCUAACCAGCCAGAUAGCUUCUUUUCUGCUGGAGAAGAUUGUGUUGUGAUCAUAUGGCACGAGAACGGCCAGUGGAAUGACGUUCCCUGCAAUUACCAUCUCACCUACACCUGCAAAAAAGGGACAGUUGCUUGCGGCCAGCCCCCUGUUGUAGAAAAUGCCAAGACCUUUGGAAAGAUGAAACCUCGUUAUGAAAUCAACUCCCUGAUUAGAUAUCACUGCAAAGAUGGUUUCAUUCAACGCCACCUUCCAACUAUCCGUUGUCUAGGAAAUGGAAGAUGGGCUAUGCCUAAAAUUACCUGCAUGAACCCAUCUGCCUACCAAAGGACUUAUUCUAAGAAAUACUUUAAAAAUUCCUCAUCCGCAAAGGACAAUUCAAUAAACACAUCCAAACACGAUCAUCGCUGGAGCCGGAGGUGGCAGGAGUCAAGGCGCUGAGCCCUAAAAUGGCGAACAUGGGUUUUCAUCAUUUCAGCCAAAGUCCUAACUUCCUGUGCCUUUCCUCUCACCAUGAAAAGUAUUAUCAGUUGGUUUGGAUUUUUGGAUCACUGUCCAGUCAUUCUGGGUUGCUGCGCUCCCAAAACAUGAUGAAUGAAAGUAUUGGCAUUCAAACAGAAAGCAAACAAAUGAAAGAAAACAAGGGCAGAAAGUAACCAUUUCCAGCCUAGCUAAUUUCGUUAGUUUUCUAUUUGCCUCCAGUGCAGACCAUUUUAUAAUGUAUACCAGCCUACUGUACUAUUUAAAAAGCUCAAUUUCAGCACCAAUGGCAAUGUAAAUAAGAUGAUUUAAUGUUGAUUUUAAUCCUGUAUAUAAAAUGAAAAGUCACACUGAGUUCAGGCAUAUUUAAUGAUGAUUAUGGAGCCUCCGAGGUCUUUAAUCAUUGGUUCCGCUGCUUUUUGUAGUUUGUUUAGACUGGAAAUGGUUUCAUUUGCCCAUUGACUGUAAGCAAGACUGAGGACAACUUUUCUGGGCAACUAACACACACAGUCUUGUCGGCCAGCACCACCUCAGCCUCGUGGAGUUAGCUCACCUGUGAUGGUGAAGGCUCGUGGAUGGGAUCCCGAAGGAACUAAGGACUGCAAAACGGAACUUUUUGCUGCAUUCCUUCUUCACUUACAAGAAAGGCCUGAAUGGAGGACUUUUUUUUUUUUAUGACCAGGCGCAUUUUUUUAGGGGUCAAAAGUGCUAAUUAUUAACUCAACCAGGUCUACUUUUUAAUGCUUUCCUAACACUAACUUGCAAGGUUACAGAUCAAACUAUUUCAAAUGACUAUAGAACUAGGGCUCUGGUGGGUGGGGGAUUGUUAAAACAACACACAUUCAAAGAAAGAAAUUUUGUAUAUAUAACCAUUUUAAUCUUUUAUAAAAUUUUGAAUGUUCAUGUAUGAAUGCUGCAGCCGUGAAGCAUACAUAAAUAAAUGAAGUAAGCCAUACUGAUUUAAUUUAUUGGAUGUUAUUUCCACCGCCCCCCCUCCACCCCAAACCUAAAAAUUGACAUAGUAUACUAGUGUUUUUUGCAGUGUUAUCCUUUAUAUUUCCCUUCUACAAUUUGGAACCAUAUAAUCUAGGUACUUUGUCCCUGAUUAAAUAAUGUUAUGGAUAGAAUGCAUCAAGUGUUUGUAAUGAAGAAAGUGGAAAAGUGUGUAGCAUUCAGCAAAUGGUGUUUGCCCAUCCUAAGCCAGGGGCGCAUAGAUAGAAAUAGUGUGAAUAUUUCUUCCUGUUAGGUGGACUAUAUGUGUUGAAAUUUCUCUCUCUUCCCGCUGUUUUCUCCCCUUUAUUUGAAUAAACUAACUGCUAAGAUGACCUUGAAUCAUUCUCCACUUAAUUUAAUGUUUGAAGAAAGGCCUGUAAUGGAAAGAAGGCACUUAGGAGUCCUUCCCCAGUUUUAGUUAGAACAACCUUGAGAAGAGUAGCAAACAAAUACAAUGCAAAUAGAAAAGAAGGCACAAAUUAUUUCAAAUGACUAUAGAGCUAGAGCUCUCUACAUUGGUUGGGUUCUUUUUCUUGAAACCUCCUUUGGUUUGGAAGAAAUGAAUUAGGAGGAACCAAGUAACUACAAUCAUACACAAUGUCUUUAACAGAGUUCCCUUGGUUGCUGCAUUAAAUGUCAUCUACCUUUAUAUCACAAAACAGUUUAAUUUUUCCCUCU